AUGUCUCUCCCAUCUAUGACUUCACUGGCAGCCGCGGCUACAGCCAUCGCAGUAAUCACCAGUGGCCCCGCUACAUCAUCACCCACAACUUCCAUACCUGUACCCUCUUCCCUGGCUGGUCCGCAUCAUGAUCCUGAUGGAGAAGACAACGGGGAAUGCAGACUGCUGGGUCCCUUUUCGAUUCUCGUCCAAGCGGCACUCGGAUCCCUGGCGCUUUUGUCCUUGGUAUACAAGCGCUGGAGGGAGAGACCCCAGCGGCCUGUGAAGGUGUGGGCAUUUGACGUAUCAAAACAAGUCUUUGGGUCGGCAAUGCUACAUCUUGCGAAUCUACUUAUGUCCAUGUUCUCUGCCGGCCAGUUCGAAAUCACGAGCAAAUACAGACCGAAUCCGUGCUCAUUCUAUCUAUUGAAUUUGGGGAUUGACACUACACUCGGAAUCCCCAUUCUCAUCUUUAUUCUCCACAUCCUAAACCGCCUAGCGGCAUAUACUCCCCUUGCGAAUCCCCCGGAAUCGAUCGAGUCUGGAAACUAUGGCUCUCCGCCACGGGCCGCCUGGUGGUUCAAGCAGGCUAUGAUAUACUUCUUUGGACUAUUGGGAAUGAAAAUCUGCGUCUUCUUUCUCAUUCAACUACUGCCCUUCAUUGUCAAGAUAGGUGACUGGGCAUUGCGCUGGACAGAAGGGAACACAGCUCUGCAGAUCAUCUUCGUCAUGCUGCUUUUCCCAGUGAUCAUGAACGCGAUCCAGUACUACAUCAUCGAUACUUUCAUCAAGAAACCGCUAUCUCGAACUCACGAGCUGCUCCAGGAAGGAGAUGAGGUGGAAGAUGCUUUGCUGGAUGACGGUCGAACACCGCGCAGUGCACGGCUGACUGACGUUGACGAUGAUGAUACCUUUGGGCCGGAUGGAGGUAUCAUAGGAAAGGAUCUGAGCGAAGGCCUGGAACCGCCCGCACGGCCGCGCGGAUUUGGUCAUACCGAGUACGAUCCGGCUGUUGAUGGGGAGUAUUUCUCCCCGACGUCAUCGGCGUCUGCCAGCUCCAGCAGCAGUCAUGGAGAAUAUGAUGCAAUGUCAUCUUCGACAAAGCUUACACUUCAGAACAAGAGCUCAUGA